ACUCUCUGUCCCUCUCCGUCUCAGCCACCAUGCCCAAAAUCCGGACGACCCGUACAAAAAAGCCGCCAGAAGGCUUUGAGGACAUCGAGACUAUCCUCGAUGACUACGCGAAGAAGAUGCGCGACGCAGAGAACGAGUCGCACGAGGGCAAGCGCAAGUCGGAGUCGCUCUGGCCCAUCAUGCGCAUAUCCCACACCCGCUCACGCUACAUCUACGAGCUCUAUUACAAGCGGGAGGCCAUAAGCCGGGAGCUGUACGAUUGGCUGCUGAAGGAGGGUUAUGCGGACGCAAAUCUCAUUGCUAAAUGGAAGAAGGCUGGGUAUGAGAAGCUCUGCUGUAUACGGUGUAUCCAGACAAGGGAUAUGAACUACCAGGGCUCAACGUGUAUAUGCCGAGUGCCGAAAGCACAGCUCCGGAAGGACACAGUCGUGGAGUGUGUACAUUGCGGAUGCCGGGGAUGCAGCUCCGACACAUGAUAGUGCUAUUACUACACCUGCAGGCCGCGAGGAGUGCUUGCCGGAGUAAAAGAGGAAGAUGUCGCGCAGACAUGGUCGGUGGCGUUCCCUUGUUACUAUAGCUUUGGGGCCUGGCCCGUGUAUCAUUACUAUCUAUCUUGACAGACAGAACACGCGGCGUUCUGGACAGCGAUCUCUACGAGAAUCGCCUGAUGUAUGGCAUGGACAUCGAAUGCUGAGUAACAAAGGACCCUUUCAGGGUGGACGUUGUUCACUUCGGGAAGCGCGUCUCUUCGUGGAGCAACGCCUUCGAUUAUCAUCGACCGGUUUCGCCAAUCGGG